CACCAAAAAUGAGGUUAUGUUCCCCUCGAUAAUUGUCAACUUGACAAAUCUUUAAAAAUUCUUUCGUUUAAUUAUUAGUGGUAUCAAUAAUUCCCCAAUAAUUUAAAAUUCAACAACAUAUACAUCGCAAAUAAUCAAAUUUAAAGAAAGUUACGUUUGCAAAAAAAAUCAUUUUCAACAGGUUAUUCAACGAACAUAACCUUACAAAAAAUCCCGCUCGUCUACAUGGCUAAAAGAACAGCAACAAGCGAGUUAAAUCAUUUCAAUUGGGACGACAAAGAGGAACCAGAAGACGCUGGAGAAUUUAAAAAGGCAACGAGUGAGGUUUUACAAAAAAGAGUAAUAAAAACUGCAAGAAGACGGAAUCCUAUCUCAUCAAACGUAAGUGAAACUCCAAAAUCAAGCGUUUUCGGGAAUUUUUCCGGUUUCGGUGGGAAACCAGCCCCCGCCCCAUCAACAGCAUUUUCAUUUUUGAACAAUCUAAAUAAAGAGAAAGAAAAAGAACCACCAACUAAUGGUACGAAUAUGUUGGGUGUUGCAAAGGUAACAAAUAACCCAUCUUUUCAAGCGUACGAAAAAAAAGAGGAAGAUGGGGAAUUCCUAGCAAAAAUAAAAGCGUUAAAUGAAAGUGUAUCAAAUUGGAUUAAAUCAAAAGUUGAUCAAAACCCCUAUGUUGAUUUAAAACCGGUUUUUAAAGAUUACGAAAAACAUUUUAAUGACUUAAAAACUAAGGAUAAUAAGAAAGAAACAAGUAAUUUGGAUUAUAGUACAAUAUCGUUUAAACCACCCGAACAAACAGAGGCAAAGGAGGAGUCUAAAAAAACACCUACCAAGCCUACAUUUGUAUUUGGAAUUCCAAAUCAAACAUCUGAUAAACCCCAAGAAAGUUUGUUUAAAAGUCCAGCUGAAACCUCAAUUUUUAAAACUGAUAAAAAAGAUGAUAAAACUGAAACUAAACCUACAUUUACUUUUGGAGCUCCAAAUAAAGGCAACGAAUCAAAGAACUUCACUUUUGGCAUGCCAACAUCAACACCAAUGCCCAUGUUUUCAUUUGGAUCAACUCCAUCGACAUCAACAUUCACUUUACCAACGACAACAAACGAAGUAGAACCUAAAAAUGAAGAAGACGAUGAUGAACCUCCUACAAACGAUUUUACUCCCGUUGUUGAAGAGGGAUAUGUUUUUACAAUGAAAUGCAAAGUUUUUGUGAAGAGUGAUGGGAAAUUUGGAGAUAGAGGGGUUGGUACUUUGUAUUUAAAACCAGUACCAGAUUCAGAAAAGGUUCAAUUAAUUGUUAGAGCUGAUACUAGCUUAGGUAAAGUUUUGUGUAAUUUUAUUUUAUCACAAUCAAUUCCUACUAAGAGGAUGGGUAAAAAAGAUGUUAUGAUGGUUACUGUACCAACACCGGAUUCUAAGCCACCACCUGUUCCCAUCCUUAUUCGCGUUAAAUCACCAGAAGAAGCUGAUCAAUUAUUUGGUGAACUUGAAAAACAGAAGAAAUGAAUUAUUUUAGUGUGUUAGAUGUAUGUUUAAUUUUUCAUUGUAAGGUAUUUAUGUUGUUUCAAUUUUCAAUCAAUUUAAUUGUAUUUUGUUUCAAAUUAAAUACAUUCUUUUGCUCAAUUUU